AUGAAACCAUCGCAGUGGCCACCUCGAACACAAGUUGCGACAACAACAUGCCCAACUCCUGAAUCUAUCUCUUCAUCUCAAUGUAGCAACGAGAGACCAUACUGCCACAAAUGCAUAGCAAGCGGAAAGGAAUGCGAAGGGUACGAGAGGGAACGAGUAUUCAUCACUGGUACACCACAGAAUAAGGGGAGAGUCGCCUCCCAUCCCAAGAAGGGGUCGUCGUCCAAGAAGCAAAGAUCGCCAUCAGCCAAAAAAACACCCAGAGCUCUAGAAAUCACCCCAACCCAACCCCUCAAGUCGGCUUGGGAGAACCAUACGUCCAUGUCGAGUCAAGGUGCUGAGUAUUCAGUCCUCGUCUCAGCCCUCAACGCCAGGCUCCCCUGUCCACUGCCGAACAAUUCAGCUCGGGAUGAAUCUUCUUCGCCUUUCCAUAUUACGUUUCCACCAUACACGCUGACUGAAAUACAACCUUUUAUGGGUGAAGGCGACCUUAUCGUUAGAGCUCAAUGUUUGGCACGAAUACCAAAUUCUCAUGAUCAAGAUGACUCGGCGCAGAGUUAUUGUGUUUUCUUUUUCGAGCAUGAAACAGCAUAUGCGUUCGGCGAAUCUGGAUCCAACCAAGUGAGAAAAUUGGGUCCAGCUUAUUUUGGCCAUUUCCCUAAUCACCAUUUCUUCGUUCGGGUAUAUCGACCUUUAGCUUUCAAUACCGGAUUUGCUCUCCUUAGGCGGCAAUAUACUUUUAUCUCAUCUCAUGACUGGAGAACGAUCCCGUGGCAAAGACAUCCAAAAUCUCUGCUGGACAGCCUCCUGGACCAUGUCCUUUUCUUACCAGCAAUUCUUGCUCAAGUCGAUCAUAUAAUGCCUAUAGAAGCCACGCUCAGUCGACAAUACCACGCCCAACAGCUUCUCCGCAGUUGUCUUUCGCUCGAAAGACACUUCAGUGCUUGGUUUCAGUUUGCAAACCGACCCAGCUACGGAUAUCCCAUGGCUUACUGGGCCGAUGAAAUUAUCAACCCUGGUGGUCUUCUUCCAUUCUCAAAUCUAUACACCUUUAAAGACGGAAACACUGGACUUGCACUCCUAUAUUACUGGAUGACACAAAUUCAUUUCCAUCAAUGCAUUGAGAAUCUGCACCGAAUCAUUUAUCAGCCGGCCAUCGAUGCAUAUCCAGAUAUGUGGCCCAAUUUGCCGUAUGACUUGCAGAUUGAUAUCACUCAAUAUCAGCAUGGGCGUCUGUUUGCUGCGGAUAUUUGUCGCGGGCUAGAUUCAGUCCUUCACGAGACUGCCCAGCCUGAUAUGCUAAUCCUGCCGAUGAAAGUAGCAAUGGACUUUUAUAAAGACAUCCAUGCGACUUCGCAGGACGGACUGAUGGAGAUAAUGUGGAUUGACAACUUCCGAUUGCGGUUAGUCGAGAAAGGGCAGCAUGUUGCUGGUGUUUUGCAAAGUCAAAAAUGGUCUGAGGUUGCGACUUUCUGA